UGGCGCUGAGGUGCUGGAGGAGGAUGUGGACUCAGGAGUAGAGGACUGCUGGCACCAGGGAUGAGUUGGCUCCUCUUGUGGAUUAUAACCGCAGUCGGGAUUCAACAGGCCAACUCCCAGAAUUCCACUGCCAUGCCGCCGGCCUCCACGGCGGCCCAGCUGUCUCCGGCGGUCCCGUCCACCGAGCUGUACAACCGCACCCAGUACUGCAAGUGGCCCUGCCAGUGUCCCGCCCGGCCCCCCGCCUGCCCGCCAGGCGUGAGCCUCCUGAUGGACGGCUGCGACUGCUGCAAGGCGUGCGCCCGGCAGGUGGGCGAGGCGUGCAACGAGGCGGACACGUGCGACCACCACAAGGGGCUGUACUGCGACUACAGCUCGGACAAGCCGAGGUACGAAAAGGGCGUUUGUGCAUACAUGGUGGGCACGGGCUGCGAGCAUGAUGGCGUUAUCUACGGCAACGGCAAGAGCUUCCAGCCCAGCUGCAAGUACCAGUGCGUGUGCGUCAACGGCGCCAUCGGCUGCGUGCCGCUUUGCACCGAGUCGCGGCCGCCCCGCAUCUGGUGCCAGAGACCCCGCCGGGUCAAAGUGCGCGGGCAGUGCUGCGAGCAGUGGAUCUGCGACGAGCCCAGGAGGGGGCGCAAGACGGCGCCGCGACACGCCAUAGAUGCCCCUCCGGCUGAGCUGAGCAGCUGGCACAAGAACUGCGUGAGCCAGACCACCUCCUGGAGUCCUUGUUCCAAGACCUGCGGCCGCGGCUUGUCUCUGAGGGUCUCCAACGCCAACGAGCGCUGCGAGCCGGUCAAGGAGUCGCGGCUCUGCAACCUGAGGCCGUGCGAGGUGGACAUCAGCAAGCACAUCAAGCCCGGCAAGAAGUGUGUGAACAUUUACCGCGAGGAGCAGCCAUCCAACCUGACCAUCUCGGGCUGCACCAGCAGGAAGCAGUACCGACCCAAGUUCUGCGGCGUGUGCACGGACGAGCGCUGCUGCAUCCCCUACAAGUCCAAGACUGUAGACGUGGACUUCCUGUGCCCCAACGGCUCAGCCUUCACCUGGAAGAUGAUGUGGGUCCAGGCCUGCUUCUGCAACCUCAGCUGCAGGAACCCCAACGACAUCUUUGCUGACCUGGAGAGUUACUACGGAUACCCCGAGGUCAUGAACUGACCCCUGACCUCCCGCAGUCCUCAUUUACUUAUCAUCUUCUCCUAUCCACCUUUUUCUAUGGAAAAUCUGUAAAUAAAGAUGCAUUUCCACUAGCAAUUGAAAAUAACCAUUGGAAGCACUCCCAAAUUAUAUUACCGGUAG